AAGGAACUCCAAUCACAACGCCGUCAUUCUACGCUUCGGAAAAUGUCUUAUCAGAUCAAGCCAUACAUCACAUAUUUCGUUCAUCAUUACCAAAUACUCAAAUACCAUUAUUAAAAGAACGAAUUGAGUGCAUUAGAGAAGCUGGAAAAGUAUUAACUACAAAGUUUGAUGGAAGUUUUAUUAAUUGUAUCAAAGCAUCAAAUAAAUCUUGUUUAAAUCUAUUGAAAAUUAUCAUUGAUAAUUUUCCAUGUUUUAGAGACGAAAUAAUGUUUCUUGGCGAAAGAGUGUGUUUUUAUAAAAGGGCACAGAUAUUAAUCGCAGAUAUUUGGGCAUGUUUUGAAGGAAAAGGAUAUGGUGAGUUCAAGGACAUUGAUGAGAUUACGAUGUUUGCAGAUUAUAGAGUUCCUCAAGCGUUGCACCAUUUGGGAGCUAUAAAAUAUUCCGAUAAUAAAUCUUUUGAAUUUAACGGCUAUACCUAUACAAGCAUUCG